AAGACAGUCUGGGUGGUGACUUCCGGCUUGCUGAAGAAAGUUGAGCUGGGGAGGUUUGCUGGCUCCUGGGUUUUGCAAAAUGGAUAGCCAGGGAAGGAAAGUGGUGGUUUGUGACAAUGGAACCGGGUUUGUGAAGUGUGGCUAUGCAGGCUCCAACUUCCCCGAGCACAUCUUCCCUGCCUUGGUGGGCAGGCCAAUCAUUCGCUCCACAGCCAAAGUGGGCAACAUUGAGAUUAAGGACCUGAUGGUGGGCGACGAGGCCAGCGAGCUGCGCUCCAUGCUAGAGGUCAACUACCCCAUGGAGAACGGCAUCGUCAGGAACUGGGACGACAUGAAGCACCUGUGGGACUACACCUUCGGGCCUGAGAAGCUCAACAUCGACUCCAGGAACUGCAAGAUCCUGCUCACCGAGCCGCCCAUGAACCCCACCAAGAACCGAGAGAAGAUCAUCGAGGUGAUGUUUGAGACGUAUCAGUUCUCAGGGGUCUACAUUGCUAUCCAGGCUGUGCUGACGCUCUACGCCCAAGGCCUGCUGACAGGUGUUGUGGUGGACUCUGGGGACGGUGUGACACACAUCUGUCCGGUCUACGAGGGCUUCAGCUUGCCCCAUCUGACACGACGCCUGGACAUCGCUGGGAGGGACAUAACCCGCUACCUCAUUAAGCUGUUGUUGCUGAGAGGCUAUGCGUUCAACCACUCUGCAGACUUUGAGACGGUGCGGAUGAUGAAGGAGAAGCUGUGCUACGUGGGUUACAACAUCGAACAGGAGCAGAAACUGGCUCUGGAGACCACCGUGCUGGUCGAGUCCUACCAGCUCCCAGACGGCAGGGUGAUCAAGGUGGGAGGGGAGCGUUUCGAGGCUCCAGAGGCUUUGUUCCAGCCCCAUCUCAUCAAUGUAGAGGGAGUCGGGGUUGCAGAGCUGCUCUUCAACACUAUCCAUGCAGCAGACAUCGACACCAGGUCUGAGUUCUAUAAACACAUAGUGUUGUCAGGUGGGUCCACCAUGUAUCCAGGUCUUCCAUCUCGACUAGAGAGGGAGCUCAAACAGCUCUACCUGGAACGCGUGCUGAAAGGCGACGUGGACAAACUCUCGAAAUUUAAGAUCCGCAUCGAGGACCCGCCGCGGCGUAAGCACAUGGUGUUCCUGGGCGGGGCCGUGCUGGCGGACAUCAUGAAGGACAAAGAUAACUUCUGGCUGACCAGGGAGGAGUACCAGGAGAAAGGUGUCAGGGUGCUGGAGAAACUGGGAGUCACUGUCAGAUAAAGACCUCCACAAUGUUAAAGACACCACACACACACACACACACACACACAAUCAAACAUAUAAAUAUCCAUAUAUUCACCCAAACACUGAAGGGUCAUCAUAGAGAAGCACCUAGAAUGGUGUAUGUGUAAAACACACAGACUCACACGGUUUUCUCCCCAAUGGCAGACUAUAUAUCUAUUUAUCCUUCUUCCUCUUCUAAACAACAGAAUCACGGCAUCACCGUAGGGAGGGAUGUCGCCCUCCUCCUCUCCUUCUGUCGUCUGAUGGACUAGUAUAGUUUAGCUCAGGGUUGGUAGUAGAGUUCAGGACAUCACUCCUCCAGCCCUCCUCUCCUUCUGUCGUCUGAUGGUCUAGUAUAGUUUAGCUCAGGGUUGGUAGUAGAGUUCAGGACAUCACUCCUCCAGCCCUCCUCCUCUCCUCCUGUCUUCUGAUGGUCUAGUAUAGUUUAGCUCAGGGUUGGUAGUAGAGUUCAGGACACCACUCCUCCAGCCCUCCUCUCCUCCUGUCUUCUGAUGGUCUAGUAUAGUUUAGAUCAGGGUUGGUAGUAGAGUUCAGGACACCACUCCUCCAGCCCUCCUCUCCUCCUGUCUUCUGAUGGUCUAGUAUAGUUUAGCUCAGGGUUGGUAGUAGAGUUCAGGACACCACUCCUCCAGCCCUCCUCCUCUCCUCCUGUCAUCUGAUGGCCUAGUAUAGUUUAGCUCAGGGUUGGUAGUAGAGUUCAGGACACCACUCCUCCCCUUCCUCCUCCUCUCGUCUGAUGGCCUAGUAUAGUUUAGCUCAGGGUUGGUAGUAGAGUUCAGGACACCACUCCUCCAGCCCUCCUCCUCUUCUCCUGUCGUCUGAUGGUCUAGUAUAGUUUAGCUCAGGGUUGGUAGUAGAGUUCAGGACACCACUCCUCCAGCCCUCCUCCUCUUCUCCUGUCAUCUGAUGGUCUAGUAUAGUUUAGCUAAGGGUUGGUAGUAGAGUUCAGGACACCACUCCUCCAGCCCUCCUCUCCUUCUGUCGUCUGAUGGUCUAGUAUAGUUUAGCUCAGGGUUGGUAGGAAUUUUGGUCGUAGAGUUCACGGUGAAUAUCAAGUCUCCUGGAGAAAGAAAUUCACAUUUUCACCACACGGUGAAAGCAAUAUGGAUGGAAAGUUAGUCAAGGAGUCCACACUAUGCUAUUUUUUUCGGACUAGUGCAGAUCAGGGUUGAGGUCAAUUUCAGUUUAGAUUUUUUUUUUUUUUAAAGAAAGUGAAAACAGAAUGUUCCCCAACCUUAAUGCAGACGAGGAGAACAACGUUAAGACUAUUGAGACCCACCCCUAGAACAGUUAAACCUCUCCUUACCAAUCACUUCAAACUUCCCUGUCCUCUUCAUAAAGGAGUCGCUAGAAGCUGUCCCUAAUCGCUGAUGCAGGGUCAGAUGGUAUCAUAAAGGAGUCGCUAGAAGCUGUCCCUAAUCGCUGAUGCAGGGUCAGAUGGUAUCAUAAAGGAGUCGCUAGAAGCUGUCCCUAAUCGCUGAUGCAGGGUCAGAUGGUAUCAUAAAGGAGUCGCUAGAAGCUGUCCCUAAUCGCUGAUGCAGGGU